GUCCUCAACGGCACCGUUUCCGACGACGCGGGCGUCCCUUCAACACCGGCGCCAGCGAAGAAGGAGAUCUUCGCACCGCCACCACGAGAGGAGGUCCAGUCCUUGGACGUCCUCUGGUUGCCGUUGGACACCUCAGAGAUGGUCCGGCUGCGGCGGAUACAGGUGGUGAAGGACGAUUUCUUGGGCGCCAUUGAAGCGCAACUGCAGUGCUCGGGCUUGGGCUUGAUGGCACAUCCAUUGACGUGGAUGGGAAACCGACCCAAAGGCCUAAGCCUUUACGAAGUCGUUGAGCCCUUUACGAUGGCUGAAGUGAAUGCCAGGGCAAGCGCCCUCGCAGGACAUGAAAUCCACGGUGAAAGUUUCCUCAUGGAUGCUAGCGCGCAUUCCAAAGGAGCCGCCCUGGUGGAUUUGACGCUCAUGCGCUAUGAGCAGCUCAAGGCAGACAAAGCUGGUCAUUUGAACAGCCCUGUAACGGCCCUGAAUCAGAAUCGUGGCAUGUUGCUGUGCGGCCAUCCCAAGUUACCAGAGACCUACUCCGCAUCGACAUGGGUUGGCUUGAACCCCAAGUCCUUGCUGAACGAAGUAGCCAGAAGGAGAGGAUUCAACGUACAUGUGGAGGCCUUCGCGUAUCAAAAUGACGCCUAUCCAGUGGAAGAUGGCAAGACAUGGUAUCGGGCCAGCGCCAGUGUCAGCAACGAGCAGGAUGAAAAGUGGAGCUAUGGUGAACCCUCGACUAACAAGAUGGAUACGCAGCAGGAUGCCUCGCUGAGAGUUCUGCAACUCUUCCAAGGUGAAGAUGAUACAUCGGUUGGUCGAUGGCGGCACCCGCUGGUUGAGCCGAUGCUCCAAUGUGUGAAGGAUCGAUCUGUCGGACGAGACCUGGCAACUCCCUUCCCUCGUGGGAGUAAAGUCACUUUCAGCUACCAGAUCAAGCUCGGCCAGGCCACAGGAGACGAGACCAUUGAGAUGCUGUUGGAACGCCAGGAGAGGCUCACUGCAGCAGUCACGGGCCGUGUGCUACAUCCAGUGUUGCAGGAUCUACUACAGACCUUGACCAUCGGUGGCGAUGUAUCGAUGUCCCGAAGUUGCGAAUACGAAGGCGUCCCCUGUGAUUUCCUUUUCCAGCUGCAUCUGCUGGACUUGCAACUGCCAGCAGAGCCCGAGCCCCCAAAGAAGGUGAUCAAGUUUGACCCGCCGCUGUGGAAGCAACGUCAGAAGUUCAUUGUCCAGGCCUUGCUCUGCCGCUCCGUGCGGAGCGUGUUGGACCUGGGCUGUGGCGAUGGGCAGCUGCUGGAGGCCUUGUACCUGCAAUCCAGCUUCGACCGACUGUGCGGCUUGGAGCUCUCAGAGAUUCGUGUCAAGAACACCCAGAAGCGCCUCAGCCACGUUUCGGACGCUGCGCUGGAAACCACGACGGCAGUGAUGUGUGCUGACUUCGUGGCACCAGGCCAAGCUGAGUGGGUGUCCUUCGCCGCGGGCAUCGAGGCAAUCGUCUUGUGCGAGGUCCUGGAGCAUUUACCGGAAGCUUCCAUGCCACGGCUGCCCCACGCCUUGUUCGCCCUUCACCCGCAAGUGGUCAUCGUCACCAGUCCCAAUGCUGACUUUGGCGACAGUGAUUCAGAGGAAGAGGAAGCGCCAGAUUCCAAAGCCGUGGCGCACCGGCCGUUUCGGCAUGCGGACCACGAACGAGAAUGGACCAGGGCUGAGUUCAAAGAAUGGGCCGAAAGAGUGGCGCAAGAACAUGGCUAUUGGAUUUCAGAGCUGGGCGGUGUUGGCUAUUUGCCGGAACUCGAAGCCAACGGCCCCUGCACGCAGCUCUGUAUCUUCGAGCGGAAGGAAGAGGAUGAAAAUGCUGAGCUUCCAAGUGCCACCUCUACCUCAAGCAGCUCCAGUUUUGCAGAGCAGGUGGACCUGCAGCAGAUUGUGGCCACCGCGCUGCGCAAGGACGAACUUGGAGGUGAAGGCUCAGGGCUCUGGAAAUACGUCCAGCAGGAAGGCAGUGGUGCUGUGCCACCAGCACGUGCCCGAGUGAAUUUGCACUAUGCCAGCUAUUUCUCCAGUGGAGUCCGUGUCGAAACCAGCCGGGAGAAGAAUCGCUCCACGCCAUGCGCCUUUCAGUUGGGUGGGAAGCAGGCCCUGCUCAGUUGGCAGUUGGCAGCUGCUGCCAUGCGUCCUGGCGAGAUUGCAUGGAUUUGCAGCCCAUCCAAGUUCGCGUAUGGCGAGCAGGGCGUGCCCCCAUCGGUGCCUCCCAACGAGACCAUGUGGUUCGCCUUAGAAAUGAACUUUGCCAAAGCGCCCGGCACUGUGAAGUUCUCGCAACGCCUGGAGGAUGCCAUUGCGGAGGCAGAGAGACACAUGGAGGUGGGUCGCAGCGACCUCCAGCGUGGCGCCUUCGCGCAGGGCCGUCAGGCCUUCCGCCGCAGCCGCGCCGCGCUGCCGGAGAAGCUGCUGCUGAAACGCAGCGAGGAGGAGAUUGCUCGCUUUGCCGCCUUGGAGCGGGCCUCAUUGCUGAACCAGGCCCUGUGUUGCCUGAAACUCGGCGAUUCCGUGGAUCCCAAAGAAGGCCUCCAGCACUUCCGCAGCGCCGAAGCAGCAGCGGACGAGCUGCUGCAGCGCCACGGCAACGCGCUGCUGGAAGAGCCGCUGCUGUUUUCGGCUCCGCAGAGCAUCCCGGAGCUGCAGACCAUGCUACGCCGCGUCUCUGGUGCUAACGAGACCUGGCAGGCGAAGGCCUACUUUCGCCGCGGCUCCGCUCGGGAGCGGUUGCAAUAUAUGGCCGCUGCACUGGAGGACUAUGAGGCUGCACUGCAGAUCGAGCCUGGGGAUAAGAUCAUCACCAAACAGCUCCAUGCGCUGCGCAAUCGGCAACGGAAGACCGAACUGAAACCAGAGAAGAUGUUCGCGGGCAUUCUCCAGCGAGAGCGCAUGGAAAGGGAGAAGGAGGAAGCUGCCGCCGACCUCGCUGCACGCAAGCAGCGGCGUGAAGAGCGACUGAAAGCAGAAGCGCAGGCGACAUCCAGCUGA